CCUCGACGGUCACAUACAAAGGCGGCCAUUUUAGGCUUAACUCGAAUCCCUCAAAUCAGCCCAAAAAACUAGCAGUCACCUCACCUGAUUCUGAUUAACAAUCUCAGAGACAGACUCCGACGAACGGAAAGAUGACGGAGGCAACGAUAAGGCAUAAGCCCGGUAUGACGAGCGUGAAGGAUAUGCCGCUCCUGCAGGACGGUCCGCCUCCAGGUGGGUUUGCCCCGGUCCGAUACGCCCGACGGAUCCCUAACAAAGGUCCCAGCGCCAUUGCAAUGUUCCUUACUACCUUUGGGGUCUUCUCCUACGGCAUGUACCAGGUUGGCCAGGGCAACAAGAUCCGCAGGGCUCUGAAGGAGGAGAAAUAUUCUGCGCGCAGGGCGAUACUACCUGUUCUUCAAGCUGAAGAAGAUGAAAGAUUUGUCAAGGAGUGGAAGAAGUAUCUUGAAUAUGAGGCUGAAGUAAUGAAGGAUGUGCCUGGUUGGAAGGUUGGUGAAAGUGUGUACCAUUCUGGGAGAUGGUUACCCCCAGCAACUGGUGAACUCCGUCCUGAAGUCUGGUGAAACUAUUUUAACCAGUUCUCUUGUAAUGCAUGCUUCUUCUUCACAGAGUUGCUAUGUUUUCUUGUCAUGCGAAUUCCUUGUGUCGCAUGGUGCCUCCUUUGUGGUGAAAUAAAGAACAUUGCUGAAACCUCGACAUUGACGAAAAUACUAUCUGACAUUAUUUUUAUUUUAUAUCCUUAAAAGUCUUUGCCCCUUUCUGUUUACCUGAAUCUUUGAAGAUCAACCAUUUACCAGUGCUGGUGUGUUUGUCGUGU